AUGUACUUCCGGCGUGUGGUUCAUCCAAGGCGUCAUCUUCUUUUUUCUGCGGCAGUGUUGUCAUGUAUGCGUUGCGUGAGCAGCGGCUCGGCAAGCGCGAAGCCCCUGUCACCGGUGAAUGUUGACAGCUUCACGCUAAAUGAAGAAGUUGUAAAAAAGGACAUGGAGGCGCUGCAGCGCUGGAACGAACUCUCGCAGAUGAUAGAGAGGUCACGGGCCGAGAAACAAAACGAGAGUAUUCUAGCGGCUGUGGAAAAAGGACUGGCUAUGCUUUCAGAAAUGGGCGCCGUGAAUGCACCAAUACAAUGUGAGACACUCCUUUUGUUGGAGGCGUCUCAGGCGCAUUAUAACCUGCAGCAGUUUGAGGCCGCAUUGAAGAGCGCCCAAAAGGCGAAAAAUAUGCUUUUAGAAACCCCGUCAGCCGUGAGAGACGCUGCGUUGUUGGCGGAGGUGAAUCAAUUGAUGGCGUAUGUUCUCCUUGAAAGUGGAAAGACAGAGGAGGCAACCAAUGCGUUUACGGAAAUAUUACGUUGGAUUGAUGUGGAUUCAAAGGCAGCGAUGCCGAUGCAAGCUGUGGCUGCUGUGAACAUGCGCCGGUCUGUAGUCACGGGUAUUGGUUUUUGUUAUCAGAAGCGUGCCGAAAAGGAAGCCGCGACAGGUGGCGAUGGGAAAGAAUUGUACGGUAAGGCACUUGAUCUUCUCAUUGAGGCGUUGAAUGCUCACAUUGAUGAAAAUGACUACGACCUUGUGAAGAAAACUCUUUCUGGCGUGUUAAGGUGCUUUGAGGGAGUUAAUGACAUCUCGCAGGCGAUAUCGACGGGCGAGAAGUAUGUUGGUUGGUGUCGUCGGCACUCGGACGAGGCGGGAGUUGCUCAAGGCACUGCGUGGCUGAAGGAGCUGCAGGAGAAGCACGGAAAAGGAGGUGACACAAUUCUGUGA